AUGUACUCUUGUAGGGCCUGUUUUGAUGAGCUCCAGAUGAGGACUGUGAUGGUGUGGCUGGUGCUGGACUACAUCUGUGAUGGAGUCUAUAUCUUGGAUAUAGCUGUUCGUCUCCACACAGGUUUUUUGGAUCAAGGCUUGAUGGUAAAAGACAUGCAGCGUCUGAGAGAAUCCUACAUUCAAACCUUGCAUUGUAAGCUUGACAUUUGCUCCAUCCUCCCAACCGACCUCCUGUACCUGGCUGUUGGAAUGAGCUAUACUCCUCUUCUUCGAUUCAACCGCCUGCUGCGUCUGUCACGUCUGUUUGAGUGGUUUGAACGUACAGAAACACGAACGGGCUACCCCAACGCUUUCCGCAUCUGUAAGCUGGUUCUGUACAUCCUGGUGAUCAUCCACUGGAACGCCUGUGGAUACUACAGCUUUUCCAAGGUCCUUGGACUGGGAUCUGACUCUUGGGUUUAUCCCAAUGCAUCUGAUCCGGAGUUUGGCACCCUGACCAGAAGUUACAUAUACUGUCUCUACUGGUCCACUCUGACCCUGACCACCAUUGGAGAGACUCCUCCUCCAGUUAGAGAUGAGGAAUAUUUGUUUCUGAUUUUUGACUUUCUGGUUGGUGUUCUGAUUUUUGCCUCCAUUGUGGGUAAUGUUGGAGCCAUGAUCUCCAAUAUGAACGCCACAAGAGCAGCCUUUCAGAGCCGCGUUGACACCUUGAAACACUACAUGCAAUUCAGGCAUGUAAGCAAGGUGCUAGAGCAGCGCGUCAUUCGUUGGUUUGACUACCUCUGGACCAAUCAAAAGACAAUAGAUGAACAGGAAGUGCUGCGCAGCCUGCCCAAUAAACUGAGAGCUGAGAUUGCUAUUAAUGUUCACCUGGACACACUGAAGAAGGUGCGCAUUUUCCAAGACUGUGAGGCAGGUCUCCUCGUAGAACUGGUUUUAAAACUUCGACCGCAGGUUUUCAGUCCUGGAGACUACAUCUGUAGGAAG